AAAAAACAAGAAAAAGCAAUCGUUCCAUUAUUACUCAAGCGCCUUCUACUUCUAACAAUUUGCUUGUCCAUCGCAUGCAGUUUCGAUCGAAAGCCACUCGUCUGAGGGAGGUGACCUCCAUCAGGUUUGUCGCCUAAAUGUUCGUGCGUGACGAGCCUGAAGCGCUUUUACGUAGGAAGCUACGAUCAAACUGAAAAAUGCUGUUCGAGCAUUUUUCGUACCGUAUGGCAUAAAUAAAUAAUGUAGCUUGCAAACUGUGUCUAAUUUAGUAGGGGAUUCCCCUGUCAGCCUCGCCGUUUCGAAUUGGAGAAGCUAGAAAUACAACUGCAGGGAGACGCAAAUUCGCUCUUUUCGUAACACAGAUACAUUCUUAAGAGAUAGUAAUAAUUUCUAUACAAUAGCUGCUGAAAGAACCGUGGUUCAACAAGAAAAUAAUGGAUUUAGGCCAUUUUCCGAGCUUCGCUCAUGCUAUAAUCUGCUCAGGGGAAUUCCAUUCGAAACUGAAAAUUGCUGCUCACGCAUGAAUCGAUGAGGUAGCUUCUGAUCUGACCAAUCAGAUGAACUGUAUUAGCAAUUCGGGGUUUUCCCCUUCAGUACCCCGCCACACUUUAUUAGUACGUCGCCUGUUCUGAGAAAUCAAAAUCCAUUGCUGGUGCUGAUUUGCUCAUUUCUAGAGAACUACCACGGACAAGUCAGGUCGAAGACUUAGCUCAUCACGCUUUAUCAUGGCUGACCAGCCUCCUGACGCUAACGUGGCUCAACAAGAAAACAAUGGAUUUGGCCCACUUUUUAAGCCCCGUGGAAGAGCGGCGGUGAUCGUUUCAAUAGUGGUCCUCAUUAUGUCUGGAGUUGUGCUUGUGUUCUCGAUGAGGGAGAGAGAAAGCAAGGAAGGAAUUCAUUUUCUGGUCUUUUCAGCUGCCUUGCUUACUUUAAGUGCAGUUUUUGGGGAGCUCUUGCGAAGAGUGUGCCUGGUCACUGAAGAAGCUCAACACAAGGGGACGAGAUAUCAAGGAAACUGGAAGCACGUUUUCAGUUCUACUUUCGCUUUCGAGUAUGGGCGAAGUAUCUUAGUCGUCACCGUUGGUUCCGCUUUGUUCGUGUGCUAUGCUUUGUACGAACAUUACAAAGUCUUUUCCCACCCAAACUACGCCAUAAUGUUUGCAGUAAACUGUUUCUUGGUUCCACAGUUGGUGUUCCUUGUCGGUCUUCGAGAACUGUCUACUGUGGAAACAUCGGAGAUCAAUGAAAGAGAAAAUAAGAAUCUUGCUGAUGGACUGGCUUGGGGAUACUAUUUUGGCUACCUGAAGCUGGUGCUUCCAGAACUUAAAAAACAGAUUGGACAAUCGGAUGAAUUCCGUUAUAAGAUUACGAAGAAAAAGCUGUUCAUUUUGUUGCCAAAAACCUGCUUCACGUAUGAUGACAUCGAGAAGGCUGAUGACAGGGUGAAAUAUGCCGGUAAUCUCCCAGAGUGUAAAAUUAACAGGGGUGGUAUAAAGGCACGGUCAUACAAGCAUACGGUACACCGGAUAGAGAUGCCGCGCCCGGACGGAGGUGUUGACGAAUAUCACUUUGUUUUGGAGUAUGCCACCCCUCUGAUGAACCUGUUUGACAUGUCCGAGCAUGCAUCCUUGAGUCGCCAAGAGCGAGAUCAUCAGGUGGUGCUCUUUAUGCGAAAGCUGAAAGAUAUUCUGGAUCAUUCUCCUGAAUGCAAAGGGAAGUAUGAGUUAGUACCUAUUUCGGGAACUGAGACAAACAAAAUAGCAGAUGUUUUGGUUGAGAUGUACAAUGCCGCUAAGAUAGAGCUGGAUGAACAUGUUGACGCCAACUGAAAGAAGUAACAGAACAGACAACUGUUCCAAAACUCCCAAACAGACGUAAUUUCCACUAGCUAGAUUUGAUGCUUGAUAACUGUUAAAAACUCACUCUUGUAUUUGCAUGACAUCUAUGUGCAACACUGUAACUAAAUGCAUGCUCUAUGUGUUUUCUGUUCCUUAAGAUUGCUGUAUACUCUAAGAGGUACCAUAGGUGACCGAGGCAUAAUUAUAAGAGUUUGUAUGGAGAUGAGGAACUGAUAUUGAAAUCAAUCUACAUACAAAGAUUUUUAAACUUUGUUUGGUUUCAUUUCUUCUCAUCCUGGGGUGUUUUAACGACAUUUGUUAUAACACCAUCGGGUAGAUAACCUAAAUUUGAUCAAAUGUCACUUAAAUUAAAUUUCUAUCUUUGAACAGUUGUUGCAUAAAAUUAAAGGAAUGAGCCAAAGCAUGUUGGCCAAGCGAAGGCAUUGGGUAUGUCACCCACAGAAAAAGAAA